AGGUUUUAGUGGUCUAAAAGGAAAAGAGAAAAAGGAAAGGAGGAGCGUAGGGUAAAGGGCAAAGCUAAAGAAGAGGUCUUUCUCAUACACAGAUCCCUAUGGAAUGCGGGAACGAUGCCCAGCAUUGCUUGCUGGAACUCAUUCUUUUUGUUUAGUUUAAAGGAACUUGCUUUGUUCUCUUUAGAAAUCUUUUCAUCGGGAGAGAGAGAGAGAGAGAGAGGAGGAGGAGAGAUAAAAGAGAGAGAGAGAGAGAGGGGCAUAGCAUAUAGAUUCAGUUGCAGGAGUUGGAUUUGUUUAGAUGAGAGGUUAGAUUUGGUCCAAUCAGUACUGAAGCAAACAAAACAAAAAACAAACAGAAGACCCAGUUUCAAAAACAAGAGAGAGAAAGAGAGAAGCUCAAAAUAAAGAUAGAAAAUGUUUCGGUAUAAUUAGUGUAUUCUUUUGCCAAUGAUUGAGUUGAAGAGAAACAUACUUGCCUAGAAUAUCAUCUGAAGUGGGGGAAAGGAGCAACCUUGAGAGCCAGAUGAAGUCCAUGAAUAAUGAUGAGCACAACAACAGCAGCAGCAACAACAACAGCAGUAGUAAUAAUAACUGGUUGGGUUUCUCGCUCUCUCCCAAUAUGAAAAUGGAGGCCCCUUCAGACCCUCAUAGCCACCACCACCACCAAACACAACAGUCUUCCUCUUCUUCAGCUCCAACAAGCUUUUUCCAUCCCUCACCUCAUCUUAACUAUGGACUAUACUAUGGAGUUGAAGGAGAAAACAGUGGCUUGUAUUCUCCAUUAUCUGUCAUGCCACUUAAGUCCGAUGGUUCACUUUGUAUAAUGGAGGCUCUAACAAGGUCCCAGCCUCAAGCAGCAAUGGUUACAACUUCUACUCCAAAACUUGAAGAUUUCUUUGGAAGUGGAACAAUGGGAUCCCAUCACUAUGAAAGCAAUGACAGAGAAGUAAUGGCUCUGAGCUUAGACAACAGCAUGUUCUUUAACCAAAAUCCUGGACAUGAGGAGCCCAACCACCACCACCACCAAAAUUUUCUAAACCAACUACAACAACAGAGCUCUAGGCACCAAGAUCAAGCCCAGCAAAUUCAAGCUCAGCAACAGUAUUCGUACUACUCUGGCCUGAGAAGCCAGGAUAUUGCUGACUGUAAUCUCCAGCUUCCUACAAUGGCAGAUAAUGGGAUUUCUGAAAUGAAGAACUGGGUCUCAAGGAACUAUUCAGGUAGCCACGGGUUGGAGCAGAAAAUGAUAGGCGGUUGCAUGGCUGACAAUGGAAGUGAGUCUGGUUCUAUUAGUGGAAUGGCUUAUGGUGAUUUACAGUCGUUGAGCUUGUCCAUGAGUCCCGGCUCCCAAUCCAGUUGUGUUACUGGUUCGCAGCAGCAAAUAUCACCUCCUGUGACCGAUUGCGUGGCCAUUGAUACGAAGAAAAGAGGGCCUGAGAAGGUAGAUCAGAAGCAAAUCGUUCAUAGGAAGUCCUUGGACACGUUUGGCCAGAGAACCUCUCAAUACCGUGGUGUCACAAGGCAUAGAUGGACUGGUAGAUAUGAGGCUCAUUUAUGGGACAACAGUUGCAAGAAAGAAGGGCAAAGUAGAAAAGGAAGACAAGUUUAUCUUGGGGGAUAUGAUAUGGAAGAAAAAGCUGCAAGAUCUUAUGAUUUAGCAGCACUUAAGUAUUGGGGUCCCUCAACUCAUAUCAAUUUUCCGUUGGAAAAUUAUCAGAAAGAACUUGAAGAAAUGAAAAACAUGACCAGACAGGAAUAUGUUGCUCAUCUAAGAAGGAAAAGCAGUGGAUUUUCAAGGGGAGCUUCAAUGUACAGAGGAGUAACAAGACAUCAUCAGCAUGGUCGUUGGCAAGCUCGGAUUGGAAGAGUCGCUGGAAACAAAGAUCUAUACCUUGGAACAUUCAGUACUCAAGAGGAAGCAGCUGAAGCUUAUGACAUUGCAGCCAUAAAGUUUCGUGGAUUAAAUGCAGUAACCAACUUUGACAUAACAAGGUAUGAUGUGGAUCGGAUCAUGGCUAGCAAUACCCUUCUAGCUGGAGAGCUAGCUAAGCGAACCAAGGACGUUAUAGUGCCUGCCAUUGAGGCUGCAAAUCAAAAUUCUGCCUCCAGUAGCAUCAAUGAAGAAACAAUAACCCCGAAAAACAAUGAAGGUGAAUCAGAUUGGAAAAUGGCACUAUACCAUUCCUCGACACAGCAGCAGCAGCAACUUGUCCAGAAACCACUGAGCAUGGACAACAGUUACAAGGCUGAGUCUUAUUCAGUUGUUGCCCCAGAGAAUAUGAUUCAUCAGCACGAGGUAGAAGACUCGGGGAAAAUGGGGACUCACAUGUCAAAUGCUUCGUCAUUGGUGACAAGUUUAAGCAGCUCAAGGGAAGGUAGCCCAGAUAAGAGCAGCCUCCCUGCACUGUAUGGUGUGCCUCCAUCUGUGUCGAAGUUCUUUACUAAUCCAACAAAUGAUGUGAGUUCAUGGAUCCCAUCUACUCAGCCGAGGUCUGCACUUUCCAUGCCUCACAUGCCAAUUUUUGCUGCUUGGACAGAUACUUAGAAUUGUAAUCUUGCUAAUUCACACAAGGGAUUUUCUUUUUGGGUGAACAAAACUUGGGAAAAGCAAGAGUUACAUGUAGGUUUCGGUUGUGGGGUUAAUGGUUAUUAUUGUAGGUGGGAUCUCUCUUGUGGAGAUGAGGUGUUAAAAAUCUUCAAAAUUUUCACUUACCCUUUUAGCCUAUCUUGUCUUAAAAAUAGAACAUUAUAAUUUUUUUUAAGAAAUGGAGGGAAAAAGCAUAAAAGGGGUGAAGAUUGAAGUUUAUCAUA